CUUCACCUUUACCAUCCACAACCUCGGACUCGCGAUACCGAAUCGCUUGCGCAGGUCUAAAAUGUUGUCCUUCAUAUUAAUACAAAACCGACAAGGCAAAACGCGCCUCGCGAAGUGGUACGUCCCAUACAGCGACGAAGAAAAGAUCAAAUUAAAAGGCGAAGUGCACCGACUCGUCGCACCGCGGGACCAAAAAUACCAAUCCAACUUCGUCGAAUUCCGCAACUACAAGAUCGUAUACCGACGGUACGCAGGUUUAUUCUUCUGCGCCUGCGUCGACACCAACGAUAACGAGCUCGCGUACCUCGAAGCUAUCCACUUCUUCGUCGAAGUCCUCGAUGCCUUUUUCGGCAACGUUUGCGAACUAGACUUGGUCUUCAACUUUUACAAAGUCUACGCUAUUCUCGAUGAGGUCUUCCUAGCCGGCGAGAUCGAGGAGACGAGUAAACAGGUCGUUCUUACGCGCCUCGAGCACCUCGAUAAACUCGAGUAAGAUUGGCGGCCGAAUUAUACGGCCGAAGAAAGAAUAAAGAAUAUGGAUAUGCCAGAUCAGGGAAGAGCAUGGAAUUAAAUGUAUAUGUGUCUCAAGGGUAUAUAAAGUACCUCGGUAAUUGCGAUGGUUUACACUUCUAGGCGGAGGUGUCUGGCGUUUUAGGGGUCAAAAUUGGUAUUUGCAUGAAUGUUGCAUUAUGAGAGCACAAAGCUACGAUAAUCCAUCUGCAGGAGUCUUUUAAGCCCUAUGAUGGUUAAGACUUGAAAUUCGAUCAUGCAGCUCCUAUUAAU